UGAAUGAUGCAAUUUCAGUUCUUUUUCUCUUUCAUUUACUUUGGUAGUUUCAAGAACUUUUCCCCUUUUCCCUGGUCGUUUUUCUUCUGCAUGCGAAGAUUUGUGGAAAUACACUCAUCCUUGUGUGUUUUUUCAACUUUGUCGAUUCUUUCUUUUCUUUCUUUUCCUCACAUCAAUAAUUUCCAAAGGAAGCAAGUCAUUCAAUGAUUUAAUCAUUUAUUGAAUUUUGAUUUAAAAGUUUUAAUGGAGUUAUAUAUUUAAAAUAUUAAUUAGAUCCGUACAUGGGUCCGAAAGAGAAUUUUAGGAUGAGGAAGAGAAACUUUUAUAAUUGAGAAUAUGGAGGGAUUAAAUUAUAAUUUGGUCUUGGGGCAACUCCCUUUUGGCAUGCUCUAUUUUAGUGACAAUAAAAUAAUAGAGGCCGAGUUGCUGUAGAGAGGAAGAAGAAACACAAGAUCAAGAAACUAUGGGAUCAAGUUUGUCUGUGUUAGCAUCAAUUGCAAUUCUUCGUAGCUCAUUCAAUGACUUUGUUCCACAAGAACUACGCAGUUACAUAAUAGAAUUCAGUCGGCGAUUCUCUUCAGAGCUCACCAUAGUUGUUAAAGAAUCCCAUGAAGGAUCAACGAACCAUCUUUUCAAUGCUCUGUCUACAUAUCUUGGCAGCAAUGCUUUCAACAAUCCAUCUGCUCCCAGGCGCGUGGCUGUCGGCAAGAGUGAGAGCAUGAAGGUAUUAACUUAUGGUCUGGACAGGAACUCAGAGAUCAUUGAUGUUUUUCAUGGUGUUCCUAUGAAGUGGGGUUACUAUACUGAUUUUAACUCCACACUUCACUUUGAACUGAGAUGGUAUGAGCUCAGGUUUCAUAAGAGCUAUUCUGAUAUGGUCAAGAAUAAGUACUUGCCUUACAUUCUGGACAUGGCUAAACGAAUCAAAGAUCAGAACAAAGUUGUGAAGUUUUACACCACCAGGGGUGGAAGAGAUGGAUGGAGUUCUAAAGGGAUAAAGCUUGAUCAUCCCAUGACCUUUGAGACCCUUGCAAUGGAUGGAGAGUUAAAGCAACAAGUGAUAGAAGAUCUUGACAGUUUUAUUGGAGGAAAAGAGUAUUAUAAGAAGAUUGGUAAGAUUUGGAAAAGAGGGUAUUUGCUAUAUGGUCCUCCUGGAACUGGGAAGUCGAGCUUGAUAGCUGCCAUCGCUAAUUAUCUUAAUUUUGAUAUCUAUAACUUGAACUUAUCUGCUGUGAACUCUGAUUCUUCCCUUGAGUACUUGUUGCUUCACAUGUCGAAUCGAUCAAUUCUUGUUGUGGAGGAUAUUGAUUGCUCAAUCAUGCUACAGAAUCGUCAAACACAAGAUCAUCAAUCUGACAGUAUUAGUAAUAACCAAAUUCCUCGGCUGCCUCAGGUAACACUGUCUGGACUUCUUAAUGCCAUUGAUGGCCUAUUGUCCUGCUGUGGAGAUGAAAGAAUUAUAAUUUUCACUACCAACUAUAAAGACCGCAUUGAUCCUGCAUUGCUAAGAGCAGGUCGGAUGGACAAGCACAUAUACCUGUCCUACUGCACAUACUCCACCUUCAAGCAGCUAGCAGCCAAUUACUUAGAUAUUUGGGAUCAUGAUCUCUUUUCUUGCAUUGAGAGGCUCCUCAAAGAAGUUCAAGUUAGCCCUGCAGAUGUUGCAGGUGAACUAAUGAAAGCCAAAGAUCCAAAGACUUCUCUAAAUGCCCUCAUCAGGUUUUUGGAAAACAAGAAACUAGAAGCUCAAGAACUUGAGGUUAGAUCAGAACAAAGUGACAGCUUUAAUCAGAAGGAUGAGCAGUCACAGAAGUCCUGCAAGACCACCGACUCUGGUGAUAGUUGCUUCCAGAAUGAAAAUGAAUUCAAGUCUGUCACAGCUCAUUCUAGUGCCCUGAAGAAAAAAGAGUAUACAGUUAAGGCAGAAUUUGAGCAUAUCCUUGAAGCUGUCCUGUUGAAGCAUGGAGAUAUUGCUGCCAAUUGCUCAUUGCAUUCUCUGCAAUGCCGAUCAUCCUUCUUGGACAUUGUGUGUGGCAUCAUCCAGAAGCUACAAGCAACAGAGACCAAUGAUCUAACACAAUUUGAGCUCGAGUCUAUGUCAAGCAGUGUACAUGAUCUUGAAUCAGUGCGACUAGAAGUUGGCUGGCUGCGACAGAGAUUGGAAGAGAUUAUUCAAGCUGUGCCACCAAAGAAAAUCAAGAGUGAAAAUGUUGAAGACACCAAGGAGAUGGAUAGAAAGCAGGACGACAGAAAUGAAGAGACAUUAACACUACCAAAGGAGACUGCAACAACCCCAAUAACUAAUACCAGACUGCAUCCUCUGCACCACAAGUCAUUGGUUGAUGGGUUACUCUGACUCGGUCCUUUUUCAUUCUGUUGGGGAACUUCUUUCACUUACAUUUUCUUGUCAACUUGCAUAUGUCCAGCACUCUCCCAAGAAAUUUCAAAGUAUUCAACCUUAAACAUCCAUGGCAA